AUGGAUCAGAAUCUCUUUCGCACUCUUCCAAAGCUUUGCCCAAAACCGAGGAUGCUUGUUUGUGCUCCUUCAAAUGCUGCAACUGAUGAGCUGCUUGCACGUGUUCUUGAUCGUGGGUUCAUUGAUGGUGAGAUGAAAGUUUAUCGCCCUGAUGUUGCCCGAGUUGGGGUUGACUCCCAAACACGUGCUGCCCAGGCAGUUUCUGUAGAGCGAAGGACUGAGCAGCUUUUGUUGAAGAGUCGUGAUGAAAUAUAUGGAUGGAUGCACCAGUUAAGAGGUCGUGAAGCUCAAUUAUCUCAGCAGAUGGCUUGCUUGCAAAGAGAACUCAAUGUUGCGGCUGCUGCUGGCUGUGCCCAAGGAUCUGUUGGUAUUGACCCUGACAUUCUUGUGGCUCGAGACCAGAAUCGCAAUAGCUUGCUGCAGAACCUUGCUGCAGUUGUUGAGAACAGGGAUAAAGUUCUUGUGGAAAUGUCCCGCCUUGUCCUUUUGGAAGGCAGGUUUCGUGCUGGUAGCAACUUCAACAUUGAGGAAGCUCGUGCUAAUUUGGAGGCAAGUUUUGCCAACGAGGCUGAGAUUGUUUUCACUACUGUCUCAAGCAGCGGCCGUAAGUUGUUCUCUCGCCUUACUCAUGGUUUUGACAUGGUUGUGAUUGAUGAAGCAGCCCAAGCCAGCGAAGUAGGUGUACUUCCUCCCCUUUCUCUUGGAGCCGCUCGUUGUGUUCUUGUUGGGGAUCCCCAGCAGCUUCCUGCAACAGUUAUCAGCAAGACAGCUGGGACCUUGUUAUACAGUAGAGGACUCUUUCAGAGGUUUCAGCAAGCAGGCUGCCCAACAAUUAAAGAAUGCANGUUCAUUGAUGGUGAGAUGAAAGUUUAUCGCCCUGAUGUUGCCCGAGUUGGGGUUGACUCCCAAACACGUGCUGCCCAGGCAGUUUCUGUAGAGCGAAGGACUGAGCAGCUUUUGUUGAAGAGUCGUGAUGAAAUAUAUGGAUGGAUGCACCAGUUAAGAGGUCGUGAAGCUCAAUUAUCUCAGCAGAUGGCUUGCUUGCAAAGAGAACUCAAUGUUGCGGCUGCUGCUAGCUGUGCCCAAGGAUCUGUUGGUAUUGACCCUGACAUUCUUGUGGCUCGAGACCAGAAUCGCAAUAGCUUGCUGCAGAACCUUGCUGCAGUUGUUGAGAACAGGGAUAAAGUUCUUGUGGAAAUGUCCCGCCUUGUCCUUUUGGAAGGCAGGUUUCGUGCUGGUAGCAACUUCAACAUUGAGGAAGCUCGUGCUAAUUUGGAGGCAAGUUUUGCCAACGAGGCUGAGAUUGUUUUCACUACUGUCUCAAGCAGCGGCCGUAAGUUGUUCUCUCGCCUUACUCAUGGUUUUGACAUGGUUGUGAUUGAUGAAGCAGCCCAAGCCAGCGAAGUAGGUGUACUUCCUCCCCUUUCUCUUGGAGCCGCUCGUUGUGUUCUUGUUGGGGAUCCCCAGCAGCUUCCUGCAACAGUUAUCAGCAAGACAGCUGGGACCUUGUUAUACAGUAGAAGCCUCUUUCAGAGGUACUUCUACCAAGGACGCCUUACUGAUAGUGAAAGUGUUGCUAAUUUACGUGACGAGAUGUACUACAAGGACCCUUUGCUUAGACCUUACAUUUUUUAUGAUAUCACACAUGGUCGAGAGUCUCACCGAGGUGGAUCUGUCUCUUAUCAAAAUGUACAUGAGGCACAGUUUUGUCUUCGUUUGUAUGAGCAUCUUCAAAACACUUUGAAAUCUUUGGGUGUGGCAAAGGUAUCUGUGGGCAUUAUCACUCCGUACAAACUCCAACUGAAAUGCCUUCAGCGGGAGUUUGAGCAUGUUUUAAGUUCUGAAGAAUGGAAAGAUAUUUAUAUCAAUACUGUGGAUGCUUUCCAAGGCCAGGAACGAGAUGUGGUUAUAAUGUCUUGUGUCCGUGCCUCAAAUCAUGGAGUGGGCUUUGUUGCAGAUAUUUGUCGAAUGAAUGUUGCUGUUAAUCGUGCUAGAAGAGCUCUUUGGGUCAUGGGAAAUGCCAAUUCUCUGGUGCAGUCCAAUGAUUGGGCUGCAUUGAUCACUGAUGCUAGAGCAAGGAAAUGUUAUAUGGACAUGGAUUCUCUGCCUAAAGAUUUCCUGGUGCCAAAAGCAUCUGCUUGUGGUCCAUCACCUGCCAAUGUGUCGUGGAGAUCUGGUCCAAGACAUUGA